AGGUCAUUUGCUCCAGGGUCCCGCCUUCUAUUGUCCCCGUUUCUCUGGAAAACUCAAGCGCAGUAACGUGAUUUAAAACUCAAUCUGAGUUCAGGUCUGCUUACAGCGCAUGCGCAAAGAAGGUUAGAAAAAGCAUCACCAAAGCCAUCUGGAAACUGCAUAUAUUUCAACGUUUCUUUCUUCGGUAACACAACCCAAAACACAAAGGCGACCAUUUGAUGAGAAGCGGGGGGGGAAGCGUACCUCUACUCGGGCUUUGGCGAGACCCUCCAGUUUCUUCAGGUCCACAUCGUAGGCCGAGGAGACGCAGAAAAGACCGGCCAGCACCAGAACCCACAUGGUUCCUCCGCGUCCGGGACUAGCACCUGUUCGGCGGCAGAACCGAAUGAAGGUUAGAAACGGAGCGCGAUCACACCGGAGGAUGAAGGAGAGGGGAGGUGAUGUACGGCGAUGUCACGUCCGGACGAGUUGCCACGUCAAACAUCUGGUGGAGGGAGGAGGAGGAGCGGAGAGCAGCUCAAUGGUCUCCCCAGGCUUCCCCCAAAAUGAGCCUUGUUUCCUGUCACAGGAAGAUGACACUGACCGGAAACGUGGCUUUCGCAAUUCGUGUUGUUAUAAGAUCAAGGGUUUAUCAAACGUCACCGUUUUGCUGUUUCUAGACAUGUUGUAAACCGCAAUGACGACACCACAAAUAGCUAGAAUUGGACCUUGGAGUAAAUCCAACCGUCACUCUAUAAAUGUGGAUCAUGUUCCAUGAUCCAUAUACAUUUAAAGAGUGCCACGAUCAUCAAUAUUGUUUCAUAGUUAUUUGUUGCGUUAUUUUCUUCUCUUUUAUUAUUUUUUACACUCAUUUCUUUAAAUUUAUUUAUUUCAUUGAACAAAACAACAUUUAAAACAAAAUUAUUGCAAUUGUUCCAGAGCUGUUGACCUUUGUUUUGAUGUUUGCCUUUGCCUUGGCUAGUUUUGAGUCUCAUCCAAACGGCGCAGCUCCUCAGCCUCUUGCUUAUUUUUUGGGAAUCUAAAAUGCCGUAUAACCUGAGCCACACUAUCUGUAUCUGGAACACAGAGUUGUUUAUUCGCAGUACAACCAGCACCCUCUCAAAGUACUUGAUGUCAGGAUGUCUUCAUGAGAUCACUCACUGUGCCUUUAUAACUCACCGUCUCUUUGUCCUGUCUGGUCAGUGGAAGAUGUGCACUCGAAGGUUCUUAAUGACUGAUGACAGAGAGGCUGCAGUGAAUGUGGAGGCUGGUUUAUGUAGUACUUGAAGGGUCAUUCCAGCUGGUCAUGCAUGUAGUCAGUAGAGUAUUACUAUGGACCCAUCAUUGGCGGCUGACCCAGGACCCGACAGGCAGCUGCGCCACAUCCGCUCUCCAGUCCUCAGAGAUGGACCAGGAGCAAGUCAGCCAUGGUCAGAAUCAAGCUGAAGAACCAAGUGCCGUCUCUGAAAACGUCUCCACAGCAGCUCCUCCAGAACAAACCACGGAUCAAUUCACCGACCAGCCUGCCAUUCCUGCUAGACCACGACGGCCCCAGAGGACUGCCAGGAUUGAGGGCUCUGUAGAUGUAGCUGAACCAAAAGUUGAACCCACGGAAGCGGCUGAGAAGGAUGAAACUCCAGACGGUUCUGUGCCCAGCCAUCAUCCUAAACCUGCUGUUCCACUGGCUGUCAAACCUGCGGGGGACCGCGUGGGACCUGGUGCAAAGGCUGGUCCCAAAGGUCCCGGACAUCAUCCAGUCAGGGCCGCUUCUGUUCCACACCCUCCUGCUGGCAGGCCGUUGCCUCCACACUUGAAUCCUCACGCACAGAGAGCUCUCUCUGUUGCAGGUACAGCUGACACUCAGGCCCAAACUGUGGAAGACUUCAGGAUUCAUAUCAUCACCUGGAAUGUGGGAUCGGCGCAGCCCCCUGAUGACAUCACGUCCUUGUUGGGACUGAACGUGGGUGAUGGAAAUACAGACAUGUACAUCAUCGGGCUUCAGGAGGUGAACUCCAUGAUUAAUAAACGGCUGAAAGACGUCCUCUUCACAGACCAGUGGAGCGAAGUCUGCAUGGAUAGACUCAGCCCUUUCGGAUAUGUGCUGGUGACCUCGCAGCGCAUGCAAGGGUUGUUGCUCCUCGUCUUUGCCAAGUACUUCCAUCUGCCCUUCCUCCGGGGCGUCCAGACUGAGACCACCCGCACUGGCCUUGGGGGUUACUGGGGAAACAAAGGCGGAGUGAGCGCUCGCAUGUCAGUGUUUGGUCACACCAUCUGCUUCCUCAACUGCCACCUGCCGGCGCACAUGGAGAACUCGGAUCAGCGCAUGGAAGACUUUGAGAGCAUCUUGCAGCAGCAGCAGUUUGAGGGCCAGGCUUCCUCCGGAGUCCUGGACCACGAUGUGGUCUUCUGGUUCGGGGAUCUCAACUUCCGCAUCGAUGACCUGGAAAUGCAGGUUGUGAAAUCUGCCAUCGACAACAACAAACUUGUGGCAUUGUGGGAGAAAGAUCAGCUGAACAUGGCGAAGGACAGCGAGACAGUUCUGGAGGGGUUUCAUGAAGGGCCCCUCAAGUUUCCACCGACCUACAAGUUCGAUGUGGGGACAAAUACUUAUGACACAAGUGGGAAGAAGCGUAAACCUGCGUGGACAGACCGGAUCCUGUGGCGUCUGAGGGCCACGGCACCUGCACCCGCAGGGAAACGCAGUUCCGUCUCAGGGCUCACCAGCGGCGCCAAAGUCAUGCAGCAUUACUACAAGAGUCACAUGGAGUACACCGUCAGUGACCACAAACCAGUGUCGUCCAUCUUUACCUUGCAAUUCCCGUACAAGGUGGACGUUCCUCUGGUCACGCUGAUGGUGGAGGACGAGUGGCUGAGCAUCGCCGACGCCAUCGUCAAGUUCAAACUGGCCCCCAACUUUUCUCGCAGCUCCUGGGACUGGAUUGGACUUUUCAAGGUGGGCUUCAGACACCACAAAGACUACGUGGGCUACGUGUGGGCCAAACAGGAGGAGGCCGACUUCCUUCGACAGGAGCAGCAGGUGGCCUUCACUGAGGAGGAGCUGCCCAAAGGCUCAGGAGACUUUAUUUUGGGUUACUAUAGCAACAACAUGAGCACCAUUGUGGGAGUAACAGAGCCAUUUCAGAUCACGCUGCCCACCUCAGGACAGGACAUGAGCUCCUCUGACAGCUCGGACUUCACCUCUGAAGAUGACAGCACAGUGGUCCAGAUGAAGACUGGUUCUCGCAGUCCCAGUCCUCGCCGGAGCAAGCACCACCGCCACCACAGCCACAGCAGCGGCAGCCGCCCGUCCAGCCCAGCGCAGGGCGAGGACGGAGCCGACGGCUCUCCCGAGCCCGCGGCUGGCAGCGAGUCUGCAGGCUGUCCAGCAGAGGGCAGCAACAGGCCGCAGGACGAGGCGCAAGACCCUGCCAAAGAUUCCGGAGAGUGACGUCCUUGCUCGAUUACAAAGGUCACAAUUGUUGUGUCUUUAUUUUGAUACAUGCACUGUGUGUUUUCUAGACAGCGUCCUCGUGCAGCAACGGGCUUAUUCAGACACGGAUUAUAGCCUGCUUUCUUAUUACGUUGGGCACAUUUGGUAUUUCCUAGUAUUUGUUCCUUCUCAGGAGGCACAUCAUGUCUGUCGUCGUACCACGGCAAACAAGACAGUUCAUUUCAUAAUUAUAGUUUGUCGCCACUUGUACUUGGUAAUUGUUAAUGAAGGGUUUUCAAAUAGUAAGCCUUAGGCCAAACAACAGACACGUUAUUUACACGCUUCCUUUUGAAAUUUGUUUUCUGUAAGAAUUUUAAAGCCAUUGUUUUGAGGAUAAGUUGUUUUAACAUUUUCUAAUCAAAGUGUGACAAACUGAUGUAAAAAGGGAGAUAAGAUAAAUAUAUAAAACAUAGCAUUAAUUACAUUAAAAACAGGAAUAGAAGUGUUAUUUAUAAUCAUGACAUGUGGAACACCCGUGAGGUUAAAAUUAUUAUUAUUAUUUAUUUUUUUUACAUCAACAACGUGUGAAAAAAAAAUCAGCCGUACGUCCGUGAAUGUUGCAGCACUCCAUCACGCCCACAGCGAGAGUGAAUAUGAGAAGCCUCUAAAUAGACGGCCACCCGGUGCAGUGGGGUGAGGCGGACUGUGGCUCCGUGCAUGUCAGGUGACACGGCGCGGCCAUCUUGCUGAAGACUGGCUGAUGUCGUGUCGUCCUCUUUUCUAAGGCAGUGAGGAGAGCAGCAGUGACUGACUGGACUUUAUCUUGACUUGAGCGGGUGCUGGCUUGGAUUGAGAGCCGACCUUCAGACAGGCGUGACUUCUCAUGCCUCCCAUCCGAACAAUCAUAGCUGUUGAGAAAUGUGUUUAGUUUCACUCUCUGGGUUUGCGUCCCCCACCACACCUCUUCACCCACAGAUCAGCUGGCGGUGCUGUCUGAGUACUUGUUGUUAUCAUGUGACCUCUGACCCAGUCGAUCGCUGUUAGACUAGCACUGUAGACUGUGAUGUGUAGCUGUCUGACCAGUGUGCAUGUUGGUGCGGCGUGAGUGGCACAGUGUGCUGAGAGACAUACUCUACAUUCCGGGACUGUGAUUCUUGUGCCGUAAAGUGCUGUUUUUGACUCCUCUUUGUCAUUAAUCGCUGUGAAAUAUUUAGGGAGAAGAACAUGUUCAGGGGCAGAACAAAGAGAAAUAUGGCCCUCAAUGUAAGACAGAAUAGCAUAAAACAUUUCACGGUGCAUCUCUGAAUAUUUUUACUUGGCAGUAGAGUAAGUAUAUACUGUUAUUGGUGGAUAGUAGGAAGAUCACGGUUGUCCGUUCCUAGUUAGAUUUCAUCAGUCGGGGUCUGUGACUUUUGUGAAGCUGUCUCCAGAAUGUGAUCGUUUUAUUGUGGUGAAAAUACAAGCGUGUGUAUCUCAAUGAGAAAUAACUUAUGAAAAUAGACAAUCUAUGUCACAAAGUUUAUUUUACUUAAAUUAUCUAUUUAUUUUCGUAUUUAAAUGAGCCUGAAUUCUGCUGGCCAGUGAAGGAUCAAAUGGAUGCAUAAAAUGGGUUUCAGUUCUGUUCUGUGCACUUUUAGGAAUCUCAUUUAAGCCUAGAUUGUUGAGUCUACAAGUGUUUGUAUAACUGUGAAUGAAGUGAAAUAUAGUGAAUUAUUGAGACACGUAGAGAUGGACUAAAGUAUAUAGAGAUAAAAGACGGCUCUAAAUGGAUGACUUGCUCCGUUCUUCAACCCAAUAAAGUAUUGAAACUCUCAAUGACGUUGUCUUUUUCAUGUGAGAUCUCCACUGAAUACACACUUAUACACAUCGUUUAUGAAAGGUUGCAGACACUGUGUUUUGGACAGCACCCAUAAUGCACUGCAUCAGUCAUGAAUCUUCCAAGAAACCGAUGAAAUUCCUGAUUAAAGAUGCCCAGUUUGGAAGAGUUCAAUAAAUGUUAAUCCUGUUUACAGAGCGUGUCCAAAGUCUGGCUCAGGGGCAACCAGGGGAACCAGUGUUCGAUAGCGCUGAAUUAAACAGCUUGGUUUUAUUGGAGACACGAGUGUUUGCCUUUACUGUUUGCAAUGAAAUUUUCAUUAAAUAAUUCCUUGCGUCAAAUAAUCUUCUAAAGACGACUAUCUGGCAGAAUUCCAAUCUAAAUAUGAGAAAACAGCCAGCAGUUCAACAGAGGUGUUCCUUUGCGAAUGUCUCCUCAGAUGUCGUGUUUGU